AUGGCCCACAACAACCUGGACGAUUCGGACUCGCCAAUCUUACCAGCAGCCGCCUUGUCCGACGAUGAGACGCCAGAGGCCGUUACCCCGCUGCCCGAGCAAGAUGGUAUGCUCUUACGGGACCGACAGCAAAAGACGGCGUACUACGACUACACCGCUGAGAAGCAAUUGAGUCAAACAGAUGCAAAGCUGUUUUACCAGCGAAGUCAAUUAGAAUCUCAGAAAACUGGUGGGAGCAACUGGGGUCAAUCACAGAGCUCCCCGCCGGCUAGUCCUUUGUUAGCUUCCAGACUUGCUCAUAACGGAUUUGAUGCUUCUGCAGCAGCUGGUGUGAGACGGUCUGAUAGUGUCAGCUCCUUGAAGAGUGCGCAAAAGCAGGGCACCGGCAGCACUGUUAAGUACAGGCCUGCCUUCCCCUCUGGCCUCGCAGAUCCGAACAAACAUCCCGAAAGCAAUAUUAUUCAAGACCCCGGUGCAGGUCUUGUACAGAGUCCAGUUGGUAUACAUCGCACUGAGUCUCUCCUCCAGGCGGAUCGCGCUGCCAGAGAUCAUUCUGCCCACCCAUACCUACCCCACGAACCAAAGCCUUUGCUCGAAAAUGAAGGAGUACAUGGAGCAGGAGCAGGUGUGGGAAUUGGAGCAGGCCCUGGCGGGUUUGCCGACAAUGAUGAUCAAAUUACUUCCGAGUUGAGCACUAUAUAUUCAAACAUACAGAAAAUACUAGACAUCCGACACAAGUAUGUGCGAUUGUCUUUGCAGAGCAAUGGAGACAAUCCUAAAGAUGAGCCCAAUUGGAACAUCUAUCCUCCACCUCCAGAACCAGCUUGGUAUGAGGAGAACCAUCGCCACAACACUGGCUUCGCAGCUGGUCAUGGGAGUCAGAACGCAAGCAUGUCAAAUAGUAUGGUGCUUGAAAGACCCAUUAGUAAGAGCAAUAACACCUCGAGAAACUUCAGCUCGGCCAGCCUAUCACAAGCGGGUCAGAGCCCUAAUAGCAACAAGCCUCCCAAGAAAAAGCGCAAGCCAGGUCAAGAUAUUGGUGAGGACUUCGAUAUUGAGGACGUCUUGCCAGUACCAGGCACUAGUGAUCCUGAAAUGACAUUCCGGAUGGACAGCAACAGUGUCUAUCAGAUUUAUGAGAAUGCCGAAGCAGACAAGAUUGACAGCCCUGUGAUCAAUAUCCCAACCAUCCGAGAGUUCUAUAUGGAUCUAGAAUUCAUCCUCAAUGUCUCCUCUGAUGGUCCUAGUAAGAGUUUUGCUUUCCGCCGACUUCAGUAUUUGGAGGGAAAGUUCAAUUUGUAUGUUCUUUUGAACGAGUAUCAAGAGAUGGCAGACAGUAAAAGAGUUCCACAUAGAGAUUUCUACAAUGUUAGAAAGGUUGAUACUCACGUACAUCAUUCUGCUUGCAUGAAUCAGAAGCAUCUGUUGCGUUUUAUCAAGAGUAAGAUGAAGAAGUGUCCAGAUGAGGUUGUGAUGUUUAGAGAUGGAAAACAUCUUACACUGGAAGAGGUCUUUCAAAGUAUUAACUUGACGGCUUAUGAUCUGAGUAUCGAUACACUCGAUAUGCAUGCACACACAGAUUCAUUUCAUCGUUUUGACAAAUUCAACUUGAAGUACAACCCUAUAGGGGAAUCCCGACUUAGAACUAUCUUUCUUAAAACAGACAAUUUCAUCAAUGGAAGAUAUCUAGCAGAGAUAACCAAAGAAGUCAUGUCAGAUCUUGAAGCAAGCAAAUAUCAAAUGGCAGAAUGGCGUAUAUCUAUAUAUGCAAGAACAAUAGAUGAAUGGGACAAAUUAGCGGCUUGGGUCGUCGACAAUAAACUCUUCUCGCACAAUGUUCGCUGGUUGAUUCAGGUGCCUCGACUAUUUGAUGUUUACAAGUCUAGCGGGUUGAUGGAGAAUUUCGAACAAGUCGUCAAGAAUCUCUUUCAACCUCUGUUUGAGGUUACCAAGGAUCCUUCCAGUCAUCCAAAGCUUCAUAUCUUUUUACAACGCGUGGUUGGAUUUGACAGUGUCGAUGAUGAGAGCAAACCUGAACGUCGACUUUACAGGAAAUUUCCUGUUCCAAGCGAAUGGAAUUCAAAGCAGAAUCCACCAUACAGCUACUGGAUUUACUACAUCUUUGCUAACAUGACUUCGCUUAACACAUGGAGGAAGCAGAGGGGUUUCAAUACCUUUCUUCUGCGACCACAUUGUGGUGAGGCUGGUGAUAGUGAUCAUCUUGCUGCUGCUGUUCUUUGCUGUCACAGUAUCAGUCAUGGUCUUCUUCUUCGCAAAGUUCCAUUACUCCAAUACAUCUUCUACCUAGAACAAAUCGGCGUUGCUAUGUCUCCACUAAGUAACAAUGCCCUCUUUCUAGCAUACGAACGUAAUCCUUUCCAAGGAUAUUUCAAACGUGGACUUAACGUCUCUCUUUCCACCGAUGAUCCUCUACAAUUUGCUUUCACCAAGGAACCGCUUAUCGAAGAGUACUCUGUCGCGGCUCAGAUUUACAAGCUAAGUGCUGUCGACAUGUGCGAGCUGGCCAAGAACUCGGUCAAGCAGAGUGGAUAUGAACUUGCUGUUAAGCAAAGAUGGUUGGGUCCGAAUUGUAAUUUACCAGGAGUGAAGGGGAACUUUAUGGCGAAGAGUAAUGUCCCCAAUAUCAGGGAGGGCUUCAGACAUGAGACCCUCCUGCAAGAACUCGCUAUGAUCGAACGCUACACAGCGAUGGCCCAUCCUCCCCCAACUCACACUGACAUGCCUUCCUCCCUCCCAACGACCACCGAUCACCCUAUGCCAACCCCUCGCUCUCCCGAGUCCUCCAAACAAGCUCACGCCGGUUCAACCACCUCCGCCGAAUCCACCAUCCCGCCCUACCAACCCUUCCCCGCUCAAUCCGCACGCAUCCCGUCACAAAUCCAUCUCGACGGACACGCGGCGCUCGGUUCGCCCGUCCAGUCUGCUCGGAUGGCCGCGUCGCCGCAUCUGGGGGGUCUCAGCCGUGAGGGGACGUGGCCUGUAGAAGGGUUCUCCGAUCUUCAUCUCAGUGCGUCGGAGCCGAGGAUCUUUCCUGGACUGGUCAGUGGGCGCCAGAGACGGGGGAGUACGAGGCAGGGAAGCAUGCAUGAGGAUGAUGGGGUGGUGUUUGGGAGUGCGAAGGGCAAGGAGAGGCAGGGGAUGGUUGAGGAGGGUGAGGAAGGGGAGGAGGAGGUGGAGAGUGAUGCUGGGAGUAAUUAG